CUGACAUGUCCCUCUGCACAGCAAGCCUACAAGCACUUCCAGCGUGCCUUGUCAUUAUGGCCCAAGGAUAACCUGCGCCCCGGGGUCCAGUUCCCCGAAUUCGCCGCCCGGGGUCUCGACAAGAGGUUCGCCAACCCCGCUGUCGACGAGCUGAAGGAGCUCAAGCAGGCCAACGCAUUGUACGCCCUGGCCGACGACAGGUUCAAGAAGCAGUUUCCCUUGAACGGCGAACUGCUUGAGCCCAAGAGCCAGCCUACAUACUUCAACGACUUGCUGAGAGAACUCGAGGAGGCCCCUACGAGAGGCUGGCUGCAGAACAUGUCCAAGAAGCUGAGCGGAAUGUUCAGAUUCCAAUAA